ACGCUGCUGAUAACGGCAGAUGCGGGCGACAUGUUGCGCAAGAGCAUAGUUUACGACAAGAACACGCCGGACGUGUUUUACUGUCCGCCUCACAAGCCCACGCGGCUCGACAAGAUGAUCGUCAAGGCCAAGCCGCUGUCGAAGCUCUGCCAAUUCGAGGGCGGCCCCAUACCCAAAGACUACAAAAGUGAUUGCUACAACGACGUUGACGAAAGCGACUACGCUUGCCAGGAGAAGCGCAGGAUCAUGAAACGACUGAAGAACGCGGAGGGCGAUCAAUUGCCGGUCGACAACGAAUACACCGAAUAGGCUCGCUCGCUCUCUUUUUCUGCUUGGGACACGCCGCAGCCUUUUCUCCCCGAUCGCAGAUACAUCCACUCCUCACCCCCCCCCCGCCUUUGUUCCUCUGUUACCACCAAUCAUAAAUAAGAUUAAUUUUUUGUUUAUUAUUUUCUCUUUAUUUCACGAUUGUGCUGUCUUCCUGUUUAUUAUACUUUGGACACGAACUAUCACGUAUAUAAUAUAUUUAUUAACACGUAUAUUACUCCUCUGGAAUUUCGUUUGAUCAAAGAGUCAUUGGUGAUUAUGGAUUUUAUUUUAAUUUAAUUGUUUAGUUGAAUUUUUUUAUGCAUGAAAACACGCGAAAUUAUUUGUUUUGGUGCACGUUUAGAAAAUGAUUACUUCAUAGGAGAUGAAUUAUCGAGGACUCACUAGCUUGUAUUUAACGUAUUAUUAUUAUUUAGAUUUUGGUAAAUACUAUUAUUACAUACACGUUCAAUGUACAGAUGACGAGAAUUUAAUUUUUUUUUUUUUUUUUUUCUCUCGAGUUUAUUUGUUUUUUGCGAGUGAAAAAUUUGAUUGUUGAUCUGGUACUAUAUAGAUUUAAUUUUUUUUUUUUGUACAUAUAUAAUUUAUUCGUUUCAAAUUAGUUUGGAUAACAAGUUUUUAAUUAAAUUCUCGUCAUCGCGAAAUACUUAUGUAUGGCUUUUAUUUACAUACAGUAAUUUUAAAUAUGUUACGUUUAAAAGUACCGAUAAAAAUCAAAUGUUUUUUCAACAAUAAAUAUUAUUUAACUCUCCAUGUACUCCCUUUGGAUUAUUAAAUUCAAUAUAAUAAUAUAUCUACUAAUGUGUGGUGCUGGAGCAUAAUAUAUAUACUUACAAACUUGAGCUUAACUAAACACGUAAUUAUUCAUUUAAAACGCAAAGUUGGUUAAUUUUUAGUAAAAAAUUAUUUUAAGUCGCAUUGAUCAUGACACUGUUUUGUUGUAUGUUACGUAUUUAGAAAUUAAAAAAUUUCUCAAUGUUUUUUUUUUUUUUGGUAAAACUAUUUCUUCGAAAUGGUUUCUCACUUUUAAAAAAAUCGUA